UGCCUGCCGCGCCUGCGCCGCAACGAGGACAACUGGCGUUUCCUGCUGCUGGGGCCCGUGCUGUUGCUCUAUCUGCUGGCGGGCGCGGCGCUCUUCCAGUGGGCCGAGGGCGAGGCGGAGGACGGCGCGCGGCGCACCUUCCGCCUCACCUUCGAGGCGCUGCGUCGCAACACGUCGGCGUCAACUGGCGCCGAAGCGCUGCGCCAGCUGCUGGCCGGCCGUCCGCACUGGGACUUCGCCGGCAGCUUCCACUUCUGCUGCACCGUCAUCUCGACCAUCGGCUGGGGCUGGACGGCGCCGCACACGGUGGCAGGGCGCCUGCUGCUCAUCUUCUAUGGCAUCUUCGGCUGUGCCGGCGGCAUCCUCUUCUUCAACCUGUUCCUGGAGCGCUUCAUCACGCUGCUGUCGUUCUUGAUGCGCACCUACCACGCCUGGCGGGCCGACCAGCAGGUGCACACUAUGCCGCGCCCGAACAGCGCCGGCUCCUGCGAGAGCCGUGUGCACCGCUGGCGGCCGGCCGUCCGCUGGGUGCUGCUUUUCCUCCUGCUCUGCACCUGCCUCGUGCUGCAGCUGGCUGCGCUGCUGUACGUCAACGUCGAGCGCUGGGACUACGUCAAGGCCGUCUACUACAGCUUCGUCUCGUUCGCCACCAUCGGCUUCGGCGACGUGGUGACGGGCGUGCAGACGCCGCCGGCCUGGUACAGCGUCGUCAACUUCCUGCUCACCGUCGUCGGCGUCUGCUGCAUGUACUCGCUCUUCAACAUCGUCUCCAUCGUCAUCAAGCAGGUACUCAACUGGUCGAUCCGCCGCGUGAAUGGGCUGGGCGGCGGCGCGCCGUCCGGGGUCGCGAAGGCGUCGCCGGCGCCGGGGCUGAAUGCCGCCACGGCUCGGCUCUCGCCUCAGCUGCUGCCCAAGGGCACGCCCUCGCACCACGGGCAGAACGCGCCGCUGGAGAGCCUGCGCGGCCGGCGGCGCAACAGCAUGCUGGACGGCAUCACGUACACGAGGGAGAACCUGCAGGCGAACCGAGUGUCGCUAGCGGUGAUGCAGAACCGGCUGCACGACAGCGUGCACCAGUCGCGCUCGCACUCGGCGCUGGCCAUCGGCCGUCACCAUGACGACGAGCUCGGCCGCGUGAGCAUCGGCUCACUCGGCUCCGUGGCCAUCGUCAGCAAGAAGCUGGAGGCGGACGACUGAGCGAAGCCGGCGGGCGGCGCGCGGCUGGUGCGCCGACAACAAGGACUGGGCUGCA